AUGGAUGGCUUUCGUUCGUCUUUUAAUCAUCGAGAAAAGGCAGACAGCCAUGAGCAGGAUGACUUUGUACACCACAAAAGACUUUGUGAUUUAGUGCAAAAGCCUUUUCCUCAAACUCUUCCUGUAGGCUCCUCUGUUAUGCCAGAUUCAUUUCUUGCCUAUCGCACGCUCCUGCGCAAGGGCUGUGUAACACAUAUUAUGGAGCUGAUUACUUCACCAUACGCCCCAGGUCCACUUCAGGUGAUUCAUGACGUACUUAAUGAAAUAUCGGCCUUAAAGGAGGAGCUGCGACAUACAUUACAGCGAUCCAUCACGAGCCUUUCCGAAGACAGUGGUAUUGGGAGCGACAACUCAACAUUUGAAAUGAAAUGCAGGGAAAGAUCUAAAUUUUAUGAAGAUCUAAAAUGUUCGGAAAAAGCAGUCAACGUAGUUGAAAAUGAGGCAUCUCUCUCCAUUCGACGUGAUGCCCCUUAUCAUGGAGAAGAGAAUGCCUUUGUACAGGAUGAGUUGGCAGAACGUGCUGUUUCUCUUGAACGGCUGGAAAGUGCUAUGAGUCGUUCAGUGGAUUUGCGUAUUGUUUUACAGAGGGUCGGAUUUAGUGUCCGGGAUGUGGUACAGGCCCAUGAUACCAUCGGCGACCGUGAGAGUGACCUUGAUCUUCAGAAGACAAUUCAAGAGGUUGAGCGUUUUGCUAGCCGCAUACUGGACAACGACGAGCAAAAUGAUGAAAUGCUGCCUUCCAUGAUUCUUCGAGCCAGGAAUUGUGUUGAGGUUCAGCACUCGCCAAAUUCGUUUUCUGGAGGGUUGUUGUUGACUACAGGGGUGCAAGGACGCCGCUACACAUCGUAUGACAUUGCCUUUCUCCUGUCAUGGAGGCUACCAAUAAAUGUUUAUGCGGAGCUCCUACACGGUAUCCUCGAGCUGAGUUCCUACCUUGGCACUCACCUCGUCGCAGUGAGAGCUUUAGAAAAACUUGUUGAUCUCAGCACCAGGGUGGCUUUCCGUGAGGAGCGAAAGAAGCUUAAUGAUGAUAGCAGUACAGACAAUGCAAUUCAUGACAUAGAUCCUCUUGGAAGUAUCAAAAAAGUGGAGGCUUUAGCGCCUCGCGGGACUCUAAAUGCGGCAAUGGAUAUUUCUAAAGAGGAUGAAUUCAGCAUUGACGACGUUGUCGCGGUGGUUGAUGCCGAGCUGCAGGCGGAAUUCGUGGGCGUCGUCGCUCAGGACCAUAUCUGUGCUAUCUCGAGUUGCCAGCGCGUGAAGGAUUUCAAAACUGCGUACAGUCUCUACCGCCGACUUUCGCAGCAUGGGCAGGGGUGGAAAGGUGAGAUCAGUGGCCCAUCUUCCUCCUCUUCGCUAAGGCAGGGGUUCCUGCUCACGAUAGAUGAGCUCUCACAGGCAUUUACUGCACUUGCACAUUGCACACACAGUGCUUCCCACUUUGAGGAGCUUCGAACCCUGCUGACGGAAGAUGAAGCGUCGAGGUCGAUUCCUGUUUCUGUCCCCUUAUACACAGCGCUCAUCUAUGCUGUCAGCAGAGCGACAGAAGUUCCUGAUCGAAUGUCAAUCGCUCUUGCUUUCUAUCGCCGGCUUCGGGACGGACUUUUGGUUCCUUCUGUCGACACAUACGCGGCGCUUAUGGCCUGCUGCGCUUCUACGCGGGAACCGACACACGCCUUCGCAUUUUACCACGAAGCUCGACAGAUAUACGGCGUGGAGCAUUUUUCCCCUAAGCUGUAUACUAACCUCCUCCUAUCCUAUUCCAACGCCGGGUUUGGUGCUGACGCGCGACGUACACUGGAUGUGCUGGUGGAGGCGGGGGCUCCCCUCACCUGUUCAGCCUUUCACGCGGUUUUAAGUGGUGCUGUGACGCUGCGGGAGGCUGAGGAGGUUGUUGAAAUGAUGGUGAAUCAGUACCACAUCUUGCCUACGCCACAUACGUACGCUUUCCUUGUUCAUGCGGCGAUGAAACAUCCUGCAGGGGUGCAAACCGCACUUAAGCUUUUUGAUCUUCACGAGGAAGCCACUGCGUCAUUACUGAGGCUUACACCAGACGGUGCUUCCGAAUCGCUUCGUUCAGCAUCCAACACGCAUACUUCGUCGUCCAGGCAUGUGGCUGUAAGUUCUGAGCCGGAGGCUGUGACAUUGGAAGAACGACUGCUUCAGGACUACCCGUUGUAUGUGCGUUCCCUUGAGCACGCCUUGAUGCGGCUGAGGCUGGAUCUCCAUCAGGAUUCGCGUCUGCUGCGCUACCUUAAGCCUCUCAUGCGUAUCGCCCAGCGGCGUAUGAAUGCUUUCACAGAGAUGGCACCCCAGGCACCGACCUUCAUUCCAGCAGGUGCGUGCCCCUGUGUUGCAGUGCUCGCCCCAGACGUGCUUGCUAACAUUGAUGAGUUGGUGAUGCCUUUUAUUUCCCACUACUCAGUAAUAGUCAUCCCAUACUCUGCCCUGCUUGCAUUGCAGGUGGGUCAAGGGAGGCGCGUUGAGGGGACGAUACCAAAGGGUUAUAAGGGGGACCCAAACGGUGUGGUCUUGCAAGGCUCUGCAACAGAGCACAACGCUAUGGUUGAGUGCCGUCGGAAGCGUUUGCUUAAGUUCCUUAAAGAUUAUCAGGAAGUGAUACACCUUGUUUCAUUGGAGGAAGAGUUAAUGUGGAGUCGGGACGUUCGUCGGUAUGGUAUCUUAAACACGAAAGACCUACAAUCAAAGAGUGCGGCCUUCGCCCUUAACCUGUCCCGCAGCGACAUUCCUCACUGUAUGAAGCUCUACGCAAAUAACGAAAUGCUAUCCAUCAUUCUUGUAUCCACCAACUACACUCACUGCGGACGCUAUGUCGUGGAUCUGAAGAGGGGGUACCUAUCACCGAAGUCUCCUCUUUGUCCUCAUUCAGGGUUUGAAGGGCUGUGUACUGGACUGAGGAAAGUAUUUUAUCAUAACCCUCGCACGCAACCCAACUGGACUCCACCAACCUUGUCGAUUAAGGCAACCACCAUGAAAAGGAACACACCGAGUGCAGGCAGCGGCGUAGGGCUGAAGGAGGGCUCUGGGAUUUUAAAGCUAUAUAAGGACAGCAUGAUAGAGCCCGACGUCAAUUCAGCUAACUUGGUUUACGAUCUCUAUUGCAAUCAUCUUCGCCAAUACGAGAACGCUUCGUAUCCCUCCGAGGGCAAUAAGAUAGAGAAUAUUAAACUGAGUAGUCAAUAUACAAGAGGCAAUCUUGUGGACAGGGAAAAUAUCUUAACGUUAAAGUCCAGGAAUGCUGACAAGCCACACGUCGUUGCAGAGCCUGAUCAGGCAGACAAAAUGAUUGACGCGGAGAUUCUCAUGGAAAUGAUGAAUCACUGA